GACUUUGCCGCUCGGGCGCUCAGCGGAAGUACAGUCCGGAUACAGCAGCAGCUCUCGGACGGUCAUGGCGAGCAGCGGCCGCACGGACGCGGCGAUGUUGUUCUGCUGUUUGUUCCUGGCGGCGCAGCUCACGUCGCUGCCGGUCUGCGCGAAGCCGGACAGCCUGCGGGAGGUCACCGACGGCAACUGGGAGGAGAUCCUGUCCGGGGAGUGGAUGAUUGAGUUCUAUGCUCCCUGGUGUCCAGCGUGUCAGCAGCUGCAGCCGGUGUGGAAGCAGUUUGCCGACUGGGGGGAGGACAUGGGGGUCAACAUCGCCAAGGUGGACGUGACGGAACAACCCGGUCUGAGUGGACGGUUCAUCAUCACGUCACUUCCUACUAUCUACCACUGUAAGGACGGCGUCUUCAGGAAGUACCAGGGAGCUCGCACCAAAGAAGACUUCCUCAGCUUCGUCGACGAGCAGAAAUGGAAAGGAGUGGAGCCAAUUUCCUCUUGGUUCGGGCCGUCCUCCGUCUUAAUGAAUUCGAUGUCCGCCUUGUUCAAGCUCUCCAUGUUCAUCCGGCGGUGUCAUAACUACAUGACGGAGCAGCUGGGGAUCCCUGUUUGGGGAUCGUACGUCAUCUUCGGCUUGGCCACUCUGUUCUCCGGUCUCGCUCUUGGACUGUUGCUGGUGUUCAUUGCAGAUUUCGCCUUCCCCUCUCGGCGAUUUUCCUCUCCUGAUUACUACCAGAAGAAACAGUCCAUGGAGCAGGCGAGGUUGAUCCACCAACAAGAGCACGAGCACGAGGCCGACGGCGAGGAGGACGACGACGAAGACGACGAUGAAGAGGACGGCGACCAGGACGACGUGUGGAGGAGGAGAAGGGGGUCCCCUGAGGGCCGCCCCGAAUCCAAGGGACAGGGUUUCGCCGACGAAGCUCUGAGGAAGAGGCAGGUGCGCAGCCGCGAGGAGGAAGAGGAGGACGACGACGACGAGGAGGACACAUAAGAGCGUCAGUGUGGAGCUUAACAUGGCCCGUACUCCUUUUUGAGAAGAGCGCGCAGAGUCAGAGCAGAACUGGAGGAGCCUCGGUGCCGAGCGACAGUGUUUACAGCAGGGAGCCCUGAACAUCCUCUUCCUCCUCCUCCUCCUCCUCCUCCUCCUCCUCCUCCUCUGGGCCUCUAGAAAACACCUUGCUUCCUUUCUUCUCCCUCCCUUGUUUUUUAUAACUGGGGAGCGCUUUAGAUCGAAAACCGCCAUCUGCCUGAGCAGCGGGCUUCACCUGGGGAAAAAAAAAAGUUCAAACACUCCUGACUCCUGUUUUCACUCGUGGGAACAAACGACCUGGCUAAGGUUUUUAGGUAUGAAGUUGCAGUGGAGCUGGAUUUUGCAGGGUCGUUCAUGCUAUGCAUCGUUUUUGGUUGUAAAAAAAAAGAAAAAAAAGAUUUGUGUGUUAUUACAUGUUUUAUCUCCGAGUUUAUUAUACCAGGCAUUGCGUUUGAGGUUCACAUCGUAUGAAUUUCUUUUACCCUUCUGCUAAAGCGUUUUAUUUUACGUAAGCUCAUAUUCUACAAUUCGUGACGGCUCGAUCCAACAAAACGACGUUCACACGUGGAUCCACACGCGGUGAAUAACGGGAGGGGAUGAGAUUGAAUUUGUGAGAAACGCAGAACAGCGACUGGUGCAGCUGAAGCACAAGUCACCUGGUGGUUUCACAAUAAAAUACUUCCUGUACUUUGAUUCAAAGUGGUAACUUAACACGAACAGGAAGUUCCGAUCGAUUCCCACGCUGAAAAAAAAUGUGGGUAGUAAAUAAAUAAACAUCUAUAAAUUAUAAAAGUGAUGCUACAGUUUGUCUGGCUGUGUGAUAAUAAUAUAUGAUGAUUAUAUUGCUAAAAAAUAUAGAAACUAGAAUAAAAAAAAAGUUCUCCAGACACUUUCUGCGCCGUCGUCUCAUUCAGCCAAUACAAGUUAAAACAAAGGUGACCUCUGACCCCGUGGAACCCUCCUCGAGUUUUUGUUCCAGGGCUCGAGCAAAAUGGACAAAUGUUCGCAAUAGUAGCCACGUUUGUUUUCCUUCCGUGGUCGAAGUGGGCAUCCUGUCAUCACAGGAACUUAAUGAGGAGGAUCCUCGUUUAUAGCACCAAAACAUCGGCUUGUUUGCUGAAAACUACACCACGUGAGAGAAAAACUAUAAACUCUACAAUCAGCUGGAAUACACCAACAUUCUAUUCACUCCACGUUAAGUACGAGACCUGGUCAGUGCUGUUCUGUUGAUACCGUCUGUCCCCUUAAUGUGUCAUAAUCUCAACAGUUGCUGAAAAUGAACAAAUGGGAUGUUUUUGUGUAGUUAUUUUUUAUUUUAUGGUUCCGUGUUAUUCUCUCAUUUAUUAAAAGGAUGUUUAAUGAACCGAGAUGUGUCGUCGACCUUGUCGGUAGGUGAACGGUGCAUUGUGUGCAUGCCCUGAUUUGAUUAAAGAGAUGGAAUCAUUAUUUAGGGGACUCCCGUCUUCCUUUUUAUGAAUCCGUCCUCCUAACGCUGCUCUGAUGCCAGGAAGUUCUUUUAUUUUUCGUUUUAAAUUGGACUCCUAUUAUACAUGAACUUCUAAUAUUAACGUAUCUAAAAAAAGAAAAAGGGUAAUUUAGUUUUGAAGUCAUGAACAUAUGUCACUUAAAUGCAUCCGUUUCAGCCAUUAUCACUCAUAAGUUCGGCCUGAAUCCAUUUCAGUAUUGUACAGUAAGCAAAGAGGAGCAGAAUGUGUGUAUAUUAGCAAUGUUUAAUACACAUUUGACUUUGAUUUUAAUGUGUUUUUUUUAUAUUACAAAACAGCUAAUUACUCCUUUUGGUGAUGUUUAAAACUGGUUGUAAUUUUUCCUCCCUUUUUCUUUUUUUUUUUUUUUUUUACCUCACCCUCUAUUUACAGCUUGUAGCAUUCAUAUUUUUAAUCCCUAUGGUUCCAAACAUUUCUUUGAAUAAAGGAUUAACUUGUA